AAACCUCGAGGUGAGCGGGAAAACAACUUUGUAGACUACAAGAAAACCCCCUAACGGUGGCAACAUCGUGUCGAAAACUUCGUUGUCUUAAGAACAAAAGCUCUACUCUGCAGACUCACUGUUGAAAAAUUGACCUAAUACUUUGAAUAGUAAUUUAUGUAAUAUUCUAGUCAAGCUGCCACAUGUUUUCGGUCCCUAUUGGGUGGCAAUAGUGCAAAAUCAUCCCCUUCGUGAAGCGCGCGACGCUACGCGAGCUGAACGUCGCGACGGCUAGUUCUCGUACUUUCGUGUCCAAUUUCACGUCAAUAAACAAAUUAUCAUAAACAUUUUUAACUCUCGUAAGUACCAAUCUUUAGUGCAAAUCAACACUGUUGAGUGGCACGCAAAACUCAACGACUCGCCAACCAAGUGCACGAUUUCAUUUUAAUUCCUUCUUCAACCAGGUAUUAUUGAUCGUCGAAUUUUCAAGUCACGGAGUACCAUGUUAUCGAAUGCCACCUCGUAUCCAGAGGCAAACGGAAACCUCAGGAGAUGAGACACCUCGCAUUAGCCCUGUAUAUGUUGUUGCUUUUGUACUUACCAGUCGUGCCGCUUUCGAGCGCCCAACGAUUGCCUCCUCCGAAGAGCUACCACUCUGAAGACGAAGACGACGACCAACCAUUGGUGCCUGAAGAUGAUAACGAAGAAUUUGUUCAAAUCAAUGUUACUAAUGAAAAAGGACUGUUUGUGGGAGCCCCAUGCGAGUUUACUUGCAGUUCCAGGCUACAGCACGUCUACUGCAAUCCGGUUACCAACAAGUGCGAUUGCGAGAAAAAAUACCCGGUCAAACUCAACAAUGCCUAUUACGGUUGCAGUAAACCGAAGAAAUUGGGAGAACAAUGUUACUAUCACGAAACGUGCGUGUACACUGACCAACACGCAUCAUGCAUUCAAAUCCACCACAACGCCAUUUGCCUGUGCCAAAAUGGUUACCACUCAGUAUCAAUUCAGAAACCAUCGCAGAAAGUCUUCUGCGCAGAAGACGUGCAGGUAAUAACGAAAGACUUUUCAACAUUUGCGGGAGUUUUAUCGGGAAUUGCCAUUCUGUCGGGGCUCCUCUGCUUUGUGCUACAUUUGUUCAACCAGAAUCUUUACGGCUCUGGCCAUCAUCGACAUCGAUUUGGCAACGCUAAUCUGGCCCCGCCAAUCAUGUAUGCCAGCGAUCCAGGAUCUCUACCUCUGCCUAUCCUGGCGCGCGCCGGCGCUACUUCGCAGGCAUCCACGCGGCGCACGGGCAGCUCAACUACGCGCCGCGCCAGCAGCGUGGCAACGUUGCACGGCUACGGCGCAGCCACCGUGCCGCAAUCCCGUACAGGUUCAAGGAGGCCGAGCAUCGCGUCCAUACACAGCACUAGUUCCAUGCGCAGCUACAGUGCCAGGCGCUAUGAGCGCGAGCGAGAGCAGAAAGAAGAGCGCGAGAUGCAACGACGUUUAUCCAAGAUGAACUCGAUGUCGAUUGGGCGAAUGCCCCCCACUCCUAGUCCCCACUCUACUGACGACCUUCUACCAACGUUAGAGGAGGACAAACAGAUUCCUCCCUUAGCUACCAAGGAAGACUCGACGACAAGCUUUCAAGAGGACAUUUUGCCAUCAACUUCUAAACAAUAUCCAUAGCAAAGCUCGUUUUUCAUUCGACAAGAAAGGGUACCUACAUUAGUUUUAUCUAGGUUCUAAGGUAACUAUCAGGUGCAGUAGCUGGCAAAAGCAUGGCAACAACUUUGAGUUAUGAAGCGUUGACGCUCUAUAGGGUUCAGAUCGGGACCUUGUCAUGGCCGAGGGAGCUUUAGAUGAGAGUUUUCGAUGAAUUGGUUGCAAUAUAAUCCGGGUAAACUUCUUUUUCUCUCUGUUAAAACUCUGUUCCUUCAGCGGUUGCUGUACUUUUGUUAGUGAAACUCGUAAGUAAUGUAGGAUUUCCAAAAUUCUAAAAAUUACGUUUAACCAACUCAAGCUUACAACAAGGUAUACCUACAACAAACUGCACUAGAGAUAACUGAAAAUCUACAGUCAAUGUAUUUUUAUCGGGGUUCGGCCGUUAGAAGGGCGCAGCUAAUGAAAGGCACAUACCGCUUGGUAGCAACGGUGUAUAGUCGUUCUUUUAUGACCUUAUGAUUGGUGAAAUAUCAGCGUUCAGUUGGGACACAGUUGGUUCACUUUUUUCGACAACUUCUACUGUCGCCAGGUCCAGAUUUUCCAUGUUUUUAAACCUCAAUAUACUCAAUUUUAAUAACCCUGGCCUGUACACAACAAGUUCUAACGGCUAGAAGUCCCUAAGGGUUGCAUGGGCUCUUAAGCCGAUUUCUCCCAAACAAACUCUACUGACCGCACUUUCCAGAUCAUGUAAAUUAGGUGUGUUUCCUACAAAUCUGUAAAUGGGACUACAGGACACAAAGGGACUUAUUACAAUUAAUGGAUAGGGAUUUUUAUACGCGUAUAUGUGUGUGUUUGCCUAAAAGUGAUGCCUAAACGUGUUAGCCAGUAGAUAAGAUAACUGAAAUGAGGGCGUCUUCCUUUGGAAGUAUAGAAAUUGCCUUUAAAUAGUUUAAAUUGAAGGAAGACGCCUCGGAUUUCGUAUACACAAAGAGGCCCCAAUCGGGUGGGAAAGGGUCGAUAUCAUGUAACUGCAAUUUUAUUUUGAGGUUUAAAGGACAAAAAUUUCUGCGUUCUAGAAACCCAAUCUACUCUACAGAGCUAAAUAAAUUUAGAACAUUUUCAAAAUAGGUUCCUUGAUGUAGACCCUUAUCAUCUUCACCAAGGCUUCCGAUGGGAUAAGAUAACCUAAUUAUCAGUGGUAACAUUUUAUAAUUUAUUAUAUUUGUUGAUAUAAAUGUUGAAAUUAUAUAGGUGAAAGGGUCUGCUAACUAUUCGUUUAUUACGACAAACUAUAACAACGCCCUUAAAUAAUGAUAAUAAUAAUAUUAUUAAAAAUAAAUGAUCAUAGUGAA